AAAAAAAAAUAAAAAUAAAAUGAAAAUGUCAAUUAAGUAAUAAAGAAAAAAAAGAGCUAAUUAAAAAUAAAAAGGUAAAAUUGAAAUUAAAAAAAAAAAGUUAUUACUUUUGUGAAUAUAAAAUUAAGUUAAUUAUUUAAAAAAAUGAUUAGUAUUGUUCAUCCUCAAGUUGCAACAAAACCACCAAUAAAUAAACAUUGUACUAUUAAAAAACCAUUAAAAAAAUGUAAAUUAAUACAAAAAAAAUUAGAUAAUAAUAAUAAUAUUAAUGAAAAAAGUGAAGCUUUAAAAAAAGAUACAAUUGAAUUACCUGAUAGCUGUAAUAAUAAUAGUAAUCAAAAAUUUAUUGACAAUAAUUCAACGUCAUUUGAUAAAUUAUGCAAUAUGAUAAAUGAUUUGGAAAAAAAUUUACAACAAGAGCAUGAAGUUUUGUCAGUAAAUCAAUGUUUUUUACCAACUGAAGAAGUUCCAGUUGCAUCAACAAUUGAUCAUCAUGAACAACCGGAGAAAGAUAAACCUGCUGAAUUUUUUAUCAAGGAGGGAUCAACAUACGAGGAUAUUAUGAAAUUUUUAAAUACUCUAGAUGAUGAUUGUUCAAUUCCUGAUUUUUUAAAAAUAGAAAAACAAUUAAAUAAUAAUAAAUUACCACAAAAUAUUGAAGAUUUUUUUUUACAAAAAAAUAAACAACAAAUUGACUCAAAUAAUUCAACAAGAAAUAAAAAUAUAAUUAUUGGAAAAAUACGAGAUGAUGAAUUAGCAACAGCACUAUUAAAACUUGAAGAUCGUGAAGCAACAUUAAAAUUAUUAAAAGAUGAAUUAAAAAAUGAACGUAAACAAGCUUGUGAUAAAUUAAGCAAACAAAAAUUUGAUUUAACAAAUGAAUUACAAAAUCAAAAAAUUAAAUAUCAAAAUAUAAUAAAACGUCAUCAAAAAUUUAUUGAACAAUUAAUUGAAGAAAAAAAAGUAUUAACUGAAAAAUGUGAUAUACUUGGACAAAAAAUUAAAGAAAUUGAAAUAAAACAACAAAAAGAUAUUAAAGUAUUAAUUGAUAGACAUGCUAUUGAAAUACAACGUGCACGUGAAUUAUGUAUGGCAUCAGAAAAAAUAAGACGUGAACGUUGGCUUGAAGCAAAAACAUCCAAAAUUAAAGAAAUGACAGUAAAAGGUUUAGAGCCAGAGCUUCGAAGCAUGGUUGAUCAACAUCAACAAGAAAUUCAAGAUAUUAGAAGUGCUCAUAUGAAGGAACUUCAAGAUGUUGAACUUCGUACAAUACGAAGAUCAAAUCAACAACUUGAACAAUUACGAAUUGAAUUAACAGAAAGUCAUGAUAAAAUAUUAACAAAUGAAAAAGAUGCAAUGAGAAUGAGAUUUCAAAUUAAAUAUGAAGAACAAGAAAAACAAUUGCAAAUACAACAACGUAAUUAUUUUCAACAACUUGAAAAUGAAAAAAUUAAAUUCAAUAAUGAAUUGUCAAAAAAAACUACUGAUUAUAAUUUAUCACUUGAACAAUUGACCCAAAAAUUUCAGGAUAAAAUUGAACAAUUAAAAUGUCAAAAUGACAUUGAAAAAAAAAACAUAAAAGAAAUAAUUGAUGCUGAAAAAGAAGCAUGGAUUAACAAUUUUAAAAGACAACAAAAUAUUAAAUUAAGUAUAUCAGAGGCAAAUUUACGUGAACAAAUAAUAAAAGAACGUGAUGAACAAAUUGAAUUAACAAUUGAUCGUUAUGAAAAAGAAAAAAAUAAUAUUAAAAUAAAUUUACAACGUGAAACAGAUAAUACAAUAAAAUGUUUGAAAGACAAAUACGAAUCCGAACUACAAGUUGUUUGUGAGAAUGAAAAACUUGUAAGAGAUAAGCUAUUAUUAGCUGAAGAAAAAUACAACGAGCUAGAAAUUAAAUUAGAAAAAACCGAGACUAAAUUAGGAAAAUGUUUGGCUGAUUUUAAAGAAGAGACUUGUAUGGUUGAAAGAUUAACUAGAGAACGUGAUCAUGCUAAAAAAUUAGCAAGACAAGAAAUUGAACAUGAAAAACGUGAACUUGAAGAUAAAAUUUCGUCACUGUACAAAGAAAUAACUGAGAUUAAUAAAAAUCGUGAUACACACAUGACACAAUUAUACAGCAGAAUAAAAUUAAUAAUAACACAAAAAGAUAUGUCAAUUAAAAAUAUAACAAAUCAAGCUAAUGAUUUUAAAAAUAAAUGUGAACAUUUAGAAAAAUUAUUGGAUCAACAGAGAAAAGAAUACGUGUUAAAAAAUUUAUAAGAAUAAUUUUUUUUCUCUACUGAUUUUAAAAUAAUAAUUUAUUAAAA